UCUUGUUUGAAGUCACUAUACUUCUGCAGGGACUCAAUUGGAACCUGGAUUUGCCUGGUUCAUACAGUAGUAGUAAAUGAGUGCCUCUUGAGUUAUGUAGAGUGCUUUCUACAUAUGUAGCAUAUGUAGAGUGCUUUCUCUUAACACAUUAACCACAGUACAUCCCCAUCUGGUAGGACUUCCAAAUUAAUUCAGAAGAUACACUGUGAUUAACUGUAAUCAGUAAAAGCAUUCUGCAUAUGCUCAUAAGCACUUAUUAUACUACUUUGUGGCUCAGGACUUUCUUAGAAAGGGUUGCGCUCCAGCAUCUGUGUCUCUCAGGUUCUGUCCUCCAGCCUUAGAUAUUAGUUACCUUCCUUGCAAGGUUGUUGUGAAACUCAGUAAGAUAUUUUUAUCCUAAGAUGCUAUAGAAAUUGAUAUCUGAAAGCAUACAUGCAUACCCAAAGAAGAGGAUCCCUAUAGCAAGUUCUACUCUUCAGAUACUUUCUAUAACCAGAGAAGAUUAAUUAGUUAAGCAUGAGUUGAAUUCCCUUCCAAACCUAUUUCAUUUGUCUUGUUCCCUCUCUUCUCCCCUCCUCCCUUUCCUUCUCACUUUUGGCACAUCGUGGAUAUUGGAUGGAGAAUUAGGUGCAGUUUAGGGGGUUUCCCAGGAUCACAGGGUGAUGUUUUUUGUUAGUCAAUGCUGUGACACCGAAGGAGUCGCCUAAGUUUGGGGGAAGGUGUCUUGUUGGUUCAUUGCAGAAUGGAAGAUGUUGAACUAUGACUGAACGUGUAAGGGCAUGUACGCCUUGUAAAGAAAGGACUUCUGUAUGAGGAGGAAGGACAGAGAAGUAAGUGGAUAGACCAGGCCUGGGCAGAAAGGUUUUUCUUUGGAUCUAGGAGUGAGCCCUCAAAUUUAGGAACCAGACAAUGAACACCUGACAAAAUUACUGGACGUUGUGGAGAGGAAAGAGUAAAUUGACUCCUCUGUAUCACCUUCACAAGUGACACCCUUGGAACAGAAACAGGACUGCCUGAGACAAAUAUCUUAUUAAAUAACUCUGCCUCUGAAUAUCCUAGUCUAGAUGCUGCAGUUAAAUUUCUAGGCGCCCUGGCUCCCUGGUCCCUGAGAUUUCUCAAGCCCUGGAAUAGACUCCCUCUGCAGUCCACAUCUACUGAGAAAAAAGCAUGAUCUCCAGCCUCCUGUUGGCCUUGUUUCUCUCUGCAACCUGCGACGCCUAUCUCACUGAGCAACAGAAAGAAAAAUGCAGAAGGGUCAUUUCUGACUACCACAUGCAAAACCUAUCGGAGCUGAUUGAUGCCCAGAUGAAAACCGACUGUCGCCAACGUUUUGGCUAUGUGGAUGAAAGUGAGCUGGCGGAUCCUGUCUGCUUUCUCAAAGCAGCAUAUUCUCCGCUAGAAAAUAUCCUUGACAAGAUUGACUUCAAGAGCAAUACUCCAAGCAGUGAAAAACUAAUUCAGUUGAGGAAGCUACACUUUGAACUUGAGGAGUGCAUUAUACAUGCGCAUGAACGUGAAGAGAGCAAGCGCUGCUUGAAGGAUAUUUCACUGACUGCUGAGGAAGUGCUGCAGCGGGUGCAUGACUAUUUUAAGGAGGCCAAAAAACAACUCCACAUCCACAAUUUUGUCCGUGACUGCAGUCGUGUCUUCCAAAAGUGUUCAGACUCGCGUGAAAAGAAAACAACACCUGCAGGUGUGGUGGCUGACCAGAGCUGCAGGUGUCCAGGCACGGGCCACAUCAAUGGGGGACUCUCAGCUUCUCUCCUCCUGGCCCCUGAGCCCCUCUCUUCCAUUGCAGACCAGCUGGACAGCAAGGAAACAGCUGCCAGCACUCUCCAGCUAGCCGUGCUGCCUGGCACCACACAGACUCAAGGCGGGUCAGAGGGUAGUACCAAGCCCAGGGUGUCUAGAAGCACUCUCAUGAGCCCAGGAAGUGCAGAGAGCAUGGAUUUCAGGGUUGGCACUGAUGCCCUCAUGUCCUCACCAUCAGAAGAACCAGUGUUAGCAGUCGUUCCACAGGGGCCUGCUCCCGUGACCACACACCCUGCCUCCCUUCUGGAUCCAGACUUCCCCAGGCUCAAAAGCAUUCCUCACUUUCCUUCCAGCCAGCAGCAUGUUGGACCCAUGGGGAUGGAGUCUCCUCUCCCUGGUUCUGAAGCUGGCAGCAGCCAGACACAGCCCAACGAGUUCUCCUUGCAGGAUCCCUCUUUCUCUGGCUCAGCCAAACUCUCACCCAGUAAGCAGGCAAGAGAAAUGGACCCGGCCAUGCCAGAAUCUACAUCUGAUUGGGAUGUAGCUGAUACCAGCAGUACAUCCAGCCUAAGCCUGGCAUCUGUGGCCAGUUUGAAGCCAGUCUACAGCUCAAGGGUGCCCUCCAGUGGCAGACUGGCAACAUUCCUGCCCAGGGAUCCAGAACUCUUCCCUACCCUUGGCUCUGAGGAGUUUGGCUCUGCAACAGAUCAGCCUUCCACUACAGGCAGUUCAUCAUCUCCCAGGCAGAUAUCCCCAGAAAGCUACUCCUGGGGGGAGCAGGGCAGCGAAGGCAGAGCCCCGGCUAACCAGCAAAGCACCCAGGUCCGAGAGAAGCGAGCAAGACAAGAAGAGGGCCUGGCCCAGGAAGACAGGGAGCCCGAGGAUAGCAUGCUGGGACCCCACUUUGACCUGAACUUAAUUCCUCCGAACACAGACAAGCACAGCAAGAAGCCAGAAGCCAGAGAUACCCAAGGGAUGGCUGUGAUUUAUGUGGUGGUGCCCAGCGUCCUGGGAAUCCUGCUGGCAGUGGGAGGCCUGCUCUUCUACUUCCAUAAAUCUAGGAUGUUGGCAAGAAGGCGACUGCAAAGGAACAUGGAAGUUCAAGAAGGAAGGCCACUGAAUGGAGGGCAGGAACAUGUGGAGUUGCAGAUGCAGGAGGAAGUAUGAGCCCUCUUGGAUGAGAAACUGCAUGGAGCUUGGCCUGCAAGCUUCUUUUCUUUUGUACGGCCCUCUUGACACAAUUGGGAGAAGUUAUACCAACUGGACUUUGGGAACUGAAGCAAUUGCAGUCCCUUCCCAUGAAGACUAUUCUUUCUCUGUUGUUGGGCAGAGAUGGAAAGGGAGUCACCAGGAAAUGGACACUAUUUAUUCCUGGCACUCAUCCACCAUUUUUUGUUUGUUUGCAAGCUGUCCUUUUUUCUGCCAGUUGGCCCACAAGCCAGAGUAGCUUGAUGAAGGAUGGGGACCCAAAAGAUACCAACGUUCUGGAAACUGACCUGGACUACAAAGCUCCUCUUCUGAUGGAGAGCAUCUAGGAAUUGCUUUGCCUGCAACUUUCUGCAUCAACUCCAGGCUGCCUUUAGGGGCUGGAGGUAGCAGUUUGAACAGCCAUAUGUCUGGGCAAGGCUUGAUUCAGUCGACUCUGCCAGAGCUUCUGACUCAUAAGGAACUGCAGGAGACGUUGGGAUCUCAACCCUCCUGUUUUCUAUUUUCUAGCCAGAUUCUCUCCCUAGUGAUAUGAAUCAUGGCAACAUGUGAUUGCUCAAGAGAGAGGAGACACUUUGCUCUACUUUUCCUCCUUUACUUUAAGGGUAUAUGUAAUGUAGCCAAGGAAGAGGGAUAUCUACCCGGUACCCCAGCAAAUUCGCCUCCUCUUACUUGCUUAACUCCCCACAUUAGCCUAGUGCAUUGAUGCCAGCGGCCUUCUGUGUCUCUACUCCUAGCGUCUGCCCAAAAUACAAAAUGGAAUCUUUUUAUCUGGUUUUUUAAACUAGAACUUGAGGGCCUAAUUGGUUAUUAAGAACAGGUGAAAAAAUCCAUAUAAUACAUGAUGUAUGGAAUUCACUGGCAUCAGAUGUGCUAAUGGCUUUAAAAGCGGAUGACACAAAAUUUUGCAGGACAAAUCUGUUGAUGGUUAUUAGUCACGAUGGCUUUAUGGAACCUCUGUGCCCAGAGGCAGGAGACCUCUGAGCAUUAAUUAGGGGGCGGCAGCAGGAGAGGCACUGAAUUCUCCUCUUGCUUUGCACAUCCACUUUCGUGGAGGUCCAGGGCAGAAUACGUGUCACCGAGGCAAAUGCAUGUUUCUGAGCCUCCAUUUGUCAAGGUAAUGGGGAGCACAGGGACACUUUCAGGGAUCUAAUGGAAGAAGCGAGGGGUGUUCAAGCACCUUCCCCGCCAAGCAAUGCUUUCCCCCUGCCAGGUGUCCUUCUAGUUUUGAAGCUUGGCUGGGGCUGGUAGGGGUGACUCAAUAUGGUCUGGGAGUGCAUUUGUGGGGAGAAUAAGUGGUCACCCUCUCCCUCGCACUGAUUCUCUGGUGCAAAUGCCGUACACUUUCUUUGCUAUAGUGAGGGAAUCGUAGGGUUGGGAGCUCUGUGAGGAACUCCACCUUCCAUCCUCCCCUGUGCUUCUCUUUCCAUGUGGUCGUGGAGAACUGGUCUGCAGAGGGCAAACUGGAAUUGCCACAGCCCAGUUCCGAAAUGAAGCGCAAGUUGUUGCACUGUAUGUACUUUAAUGUUUCCCCUGCCACGUUCUGAGAACAUUCCAGUCCCUACUCUAGCACCUAGGCUGUAACUUUGUGUAUAUGUAUGUGGUUAUGCAGAAAGGAUGGCAAAAGGCUGGGCCCGACGAUGCCUCAUUUCAAUCCAUCCCUUUUCUUCCUCAGACUUGGUGUCUGACCUUUUUGCCCCUCUUUCCCUGCUGAAGAAAAGGUAUGUUUGUAGCAAGAUAGCUGAGCUUCCUGAGCUGGUCUCCAAAAAUGCUGCCUUUCCCAUGUGAGUUUUAAUGUUCCAGAUUUUGGAUGAACUGUUUAACUGGAGGAAGGUGCCUUUGCCAGGUUCCAGGAGGAGCCAGUUCUGAAUAAUGCCAUGUAUAUUGUUUUGGUGAUGCGAGCAGGCCUCCCAUUCACCAGACAUUUUGUAACUCUCCUCUUCGCUGUGCCAGUGCAUUAUCUUAUAAAGAGUAUUCUGCUUGAUAGGGUGGGUGCAUCAGCCUGAGCCACUGGGGCUUGUGUCCCAGUGUGGAUUUUUGCAGGGUUGUACAUCCCGGCAUUCAUCUAGCAAAUCCAGUAAUCUCUGCAAAAGUGGCAGAAUGUGUAUCUAUUUUCUCUUCGCUUGUGCUGCAAGCAGGGAUUUUAUCUGCCUUUGACACAUCCAUUGCUGCUUUUCUCCCCUCCCAGUCUCCCUGCUGUAAUUCAUGGAGAGCUUGUCCACACCUCAGAGAUUGGAAAGAGUCCUCUUUCCUUUUGGGCAGCAGGAAUAAUGGAGGCUUGCAGAAGUUUAGGCCCUAGUGGCUUGUACAGGUCAAUGAGCCAUGACACAGAAAUAGCUCCCACAUAUCCCAUGAACUGACACUCAUUGAACGAAGUCUGUAUCUAGCACCUUGGGGCUGGGUUGGUGACCUUGUGCUGAUGUAGCUGUCAGUAAGCUCCAUCCUGAGCACUUAAUCUGUUGGCACAGAAGACCUUAGGAUCUGGUCUUAAGACCGACAUCUGCCAUCCUUUUAUAUAGGAGAAACCAAUUGGAGAGAAGUUCCUUUUAAAAGGGAGUUAUAAUUCUGGUUCAAACUGUGUGGUUUUUUAAUAUAUAUAUAUAUUUUUAAACAAUGAAUUUAUUUUAUAUAAAAGACUUUAAAAACGGUUUUAAAUGUUUUAUUUAAAAAUAGAAAAGGUUGUAUUUAAUAAUAAUAAUAAACUGAUGUGUAACACUUUUUAA